AUGGCGCCCGUGAGAGCCUGCCGACAAUGCAAGACUGCGAAAGCCAAGUGCGAUCUUACCAGUCCAACCUGCGGCCGUUGUUCUCGACGAGACCUGACAUGCUCUGGACCUGCCCAAGCCCAACCUGGCUUUACCUUCUUGUCCGAGAACAAAGUGGCACAAAGGAACUCCGUCUUAGCAAGAAGACCUCGCGCGUCAGGCCGUGGCACACCCAUGGCAAUCAGGUCGCCGCCACAGCUGAUGGCGAACCUGGAUCUUGUCGAAGUUCCCGUCGAACAGUUACAGCAAUUCUACUACUGGCUCACCGAUGCCGCUCUUGCCGAAGUUCCAGGGCCACUGAAACGAAGCAUCGAGGCCAGAGCAAUUGAGCGCUUCUUCCUGAACUGGACCCUGAACCCUACCAACGACGGCGUGGCUCCGGGAUACAUGUACGACCUUCCCGAGCUGUACGCCGGUGCCGCCCCGGGCUCUGUAUUGUGGCAUGCCGUACGAGCAGUGGCAUUUGCGGAGCUCAAAGGCUUCGAUGGCGGCUCCUUCAUCCUUCAAGCACGCCAGGACUACGGCGGGGCUUUGACACGCAUGAGAAGCAUAGCGGAAGAUAAUACAAAGUGGGCGGAGGACCGUAUCCUCGCUGCUCUGCUGCUGAUCGAUCAUUUCGAGACGAUUUACCUGUCACGUCUUCAGCCUUUAGGUCCGCACAAAGACGCCUUAGUGCAUGCUUUGAACAUGCGAGGUGAGGAGCAUUCCCGCGCUCGCCCACGCUUCGAAUUGUGGCGAACUGCGAUGAUGAGGCUGCAGGCCACACAGAUCGUGAGAAGGGAGAAGCCGUUCGACUGGCAGCUGGCUUGGAUCAGCAAGCUCAACACCAGCCUGCCAGACGUGCAUGUCUGUGUCGAUGUCAUGCGGAUGGUCAUUCUCUGCGCAGCAGCUAGAAAAUUUAUGGCGGAAGGUAGAACUGAGGAGGUAGAAGAAGCCGCACGCCUUACAAGAACGAUGGAAGAUGUGAUCGAAUCAAUGGAAGCUUGGUCAAAUCAAGUCGCAGAGGCGUGGCGGUCGGAGAGCAUGAGACCUGUCGAUACGACUGACUCGGAGGCGAGCAGAUUACUCUUGGCUUUGCCUCGUCUGCCGGUGCUUCACUACAAUGACCCGUGGCUGGCAUACAAGUGGAACUUCCAUGUGGCGAGCCAGAUUGUCUUGAGGGAGUCCAUGUCCGAAAUGCUGGAGCGGUGUGAUCUAAGUCCGCAAUCCAGCGUCCGCACCCAGCAGCAUGCAGAGGCUGUCGUGGCACUGGCUGGGGAGAUUAUAGCGUCUCUUCCGCCUCUCCUUAGUCUGGCCGAUAAACAGUCGUACAAGAAAGGGCAACGAGAACCGCAGGGGAAGAUGGCCGGGAGAUACUUUGCCGUAUUUGCACUGCGAGUAGUUGAAAGGGCGCGAUUCGCCUUGCCUGAGCAGAAAAUGACUGUGACUAGAGUCCUCGACUGGCUACAUGCAGUCCACGGACUAGAAUGA